CGACACCGCAUUGGUUCAGUCCAUUCCACAACUUCCCCCUCCUUCCACGACGUGGAACCUCGACAGGACAUAUCAAACUCGCUUGGCUUUCCGUCGAUCACCACCAGACCCCCGCCUCAAUUGCAGAAAUCGAAUUCUGUCAAGAAUGGUAGACGUCUGGUAAGAAAGUCAUCACGGACAGCCUCUCCUCCGGUAAUGAGCGACGUCCCGACUAUCGAUUCUCUCCCCUUCCCAGUGGCUACGGGCGAUGCUAAUAAAAUCCUAAUGUUAAUGAAGACUUUAUGUGGCCGUAUGAGAGGCGGGGUCGACUACCAAGAUGGCGAACAGGGGCCCUGGCACUCAGGAAUUUGCUAUAUUGACGAUGUCAAUGGUUCUUUGAUGUGUGUCAGUGAUAAUAAUGGGCCUUUCCCCCUGACGGUUGUACCCGACCUUCGAGGAUGCCGCGUCCGGCCUGUGAACGUGAAAGAGAGAUCGAUCAAAUGUCUUGAAGUGUCGAACCCUUUACUUGGUGUCGAUCUUCGAAUCUAUCCUUUGGUCAAAGCAGAAUACGAUCUUUGGUUAGCAGCUUUGCUAUGCUGGCAACAGAUCCGUUCCAGUCCACUCCCGCCAAAACCGCUUACUCCCUCUGGGGACGAACGGAGGCCAAGCCUUCCAAGAAGGGAUUCUUCUUUCGGUAACUCGGGGGGCAAUGCAAAUAUAAUCAAGGUUGCCAAAUUGCUGCUUUGGGAUAGAGGACCACCCUCGUCCCCGUCCGCCAUUGUACGACGUUCUUCUACUACGGACCUACGUGCGCCAUCCCACUCGUCAUGGCGCAGAGUGUCGUGUAUCCUUCAGGACAAUGGCGAGUUCAAGCUUUUGACAGAGAACGAUGUUACGCUUCUGUCUGUUAUACAAUUAUCACAGCUUUCGCGUUCCGCAAUCCAACGGCUGGACAAAUCGGUUCUAGGCGAGAAGUUCUGCAUAGCUAUCUUCCCACAGUAUACUUCGACUUCAACUCAAUUGUCCAUAUUCAGGCCCGUGUAUAUCGCCUUGGAAACACGAAUUCUUUUCGAAGUAUGGUUCUGCUUACUCCGCGCUUUUUCAAUGCCGGACAUCUAUGGGCCUGAGUUAUCCGACGAUCAAGAACUCGACCCAGAAACUCCAUAUACCCCUCCUACCAACGAUAUGUUCAGAAUCGAGAAUUCUCUCACUCUGCGAGUGGUGGAAGCGAAAAUCCGCCGACCACAACCAAAGACAGAGACGGCUUACCUUGGAAAGCCGUCUGGGAAGCCAGUACAAGACUCAACUGUGGGUGAUUACUUUGCCGAGGUCAUUCUCGAUGGGGAGAUUCGAGCGCGUACAAUAACAAAGACCAACACACGGUAUCCGUUCUGGCGAGAGGACUACGAGUUCCUUGAUCUCCCUGCUUACUCACCCAAAAUCUCACUUGUGCUGAAACGACUUGAACAUCCAGAAGUCGCGACCCACGGAUUUCUUUCUUCAUCUAGUGUCCAUGUUCCUGAGAAGCCGACUGAGAUCGUUUGCGGUACCAUCGAUAUACCACUAGACAAAUUCGAGACCGGAAAGGAUUGUGAAGCAUGGUUUCCAAUCUUGGAUGAUCAACAGGAGUCUCUCGGAGACAUAUUUCUAAAGCUUCGACACGAUGAGGUCGUGGUUCUCCUGGCCAGGGAUUACCAGGACAUCUCCGAACUGCUUCACCGAUUCGAUAGCGGCCUUACCAUACGUAUCUCUCAAGCCAUGCCUUCCAAUUUACGGACCCUAUCUGAGAUAUUGGUGAAUAUCUUUCAGGUAUCUGGGCAUGCCGGAGAUUGGCUUAUGGCCUUAGUCGAAGACGAAAUUGAUGGCAUCGGGAAGGAAAUUCCCGUUCACCGCAUCAGAUGGAGUAGGCGGAUUAGUUCGAGCGCUUCCUCAGUUAGUGAGAGAGAACAAUCUGUCCGAGAUAUGAGCAAAUCUCUCCAGGGCGAAGCCAAUCUCCUUUUCCGGGGCAACUCUCUCCUCACUCAAGCCUUGGAUUUUCACAUGAGGAGACUAGGUCACGAGUAUUUGGAGGAAGUGUUGUCUGAAAAAAUCUUGGAAAUCAACUCCCUCAAUGCUGAUUGCGAAGUCGAUCCAUCGAGGAUCUCCCAGGGUGUGGAUGUCAACAAAAAUUGGGUUCAACUCAUGUCUCUGACAACGAGUGUUUGGGAAAGCAUCGCUGAAUCAGCCAAUCGAUGUCCACCUGGGAUACGGCAAAUCCUCAAGUAUAUUCGUGCCGUCGCUGCAGAUCGCUAUGGUGACUUCCUCCGCACUGUAGCCUAUACCAGUGUUUCUGGAUUCCUCUUCCUACGAUUCUUUUGCCCGGCUAUACUGAACCCCAAACUCUUUGGGCUUCUACCGGACCACCCCCAACCUAAAGCUCAGCGAACGCUGACAUUGAUUGCCAAGAGCUUACAGGCGCUUGCUAAUCUAUCUACUUUUGGCCAGAAAGAGGAAUGGAUGGAACCCAUGAACAAGUUUCUUACAAGUCAUCGGCAAGGGGUGAAAGAUUACAUCGAUGAUAUCUGUUCUAUUCCGUCGGAACGUAACAAUAUCGCACUACCCGCAUCUUAUACAACACCAAUCACGAUUCUAGCUCGCUUACCACCGACAUCCAGAGAAGGAUUUCCGUCGUUACCAUAUCUCAUUGAUCACGCCCGCAAUUUUGCGGCUUUAGUGAAGCUUUGGCUAGAUACCACAGCAAAUCAUCUAGCUCCCUCCAGUCUCGAUGGCGAUCUCCUGAAUUUCAAUCAACUUUGUAUCAAUCUUCAACGCCGCGCUGACGAAUGUCUUCGUAAAGCUGAGGGCAAUCGAAAUACCGAUCAAACACCCCUAAGUCUGGAAGAUGUCAUUGGAAGUCUAGAGGCCACUGCACUUCGAGAUGCUGUGAGU